CACCGCCGAUCGCUGAUAGCUUUUCCACGCCCGUGUGCCCCUAUACUACAGUGCUGUUGGGCACCUCGUUCGUCGGAUGUUUACCAUCACAUAGUAGUUUGCACGCGAGCCCGUAGAAGGGAAGUGGUAAUUAUACACAUCCUUUUAAUAGUUACAGCCAAAUAAUUCUACCUCGACGGUCUUCGCAAGCGUUCCUAGUCUCGUCGCCAUCGUGUUGAAAAUUAAGCUGUGGACGAACACAAUUAUGAGUGAUGAGGGAAGAAGACUUAGAAAUAGCAUUAAAGGUGGUGAUCGUGGGAAAUGGCGCAGUUGGAAAAUCAAGUAUGAUUCAACGUUACUGCAGAGGAACGUUCACCCGAGACUAUAAAAAAACAAUCGGAGUCGACUUCUUGGAGAGACAAAUAGAAUGCAACGGAGAAGAUGUAAGGUUAAUGCUAUGGGAUACAGCUGGCCAAGAAGAAUUUGACGCCAUUACCAAAGCCUAUUACAGAGGAGCUCAAGCAUGUGUAUUGGCAUUCUCAACAACAGAUAGAGAUUCUUUUGAAGCUAUUCAUUCAUGGAAAAUCAAGGUAGAAGAUGAAUGUGGAAAAAUACCAACAGUUAUUGUUCAAAAUAAAAUAGAUUUAAUUGAACGCAGUCAAGUUGAUCCCCAAGAAGUUGAUAUGCUUGCUCGAUCAUUAGGAUGCAAGCUAAUAUGUACAUCAGUUAAAGAUGACGUCAAUGUCAAUAAUGUAUUCAGAUAUUUAGCCACACGAUGUUUGAUGGAAAUACAAAAAGAAGAACAAGAGUACAUGUCAGGAAAUGGAAUACAUCAAACAUACACUAUAGGUUCAUUUGGUGCAGUUCCAUAUCAUAACAGAAAUUCUUCUACAACAAUUAAAUUAAGAUCAGGAAAAAUGAGACAAAAGAAAAAAAAUAUAUUUAAGAACUCUUGUGUCAUACCAUAAAAAUUUCCAAUGAUUACUUUUCCUGUAUAACAAAUGUUAAUUAAGAAAUUAAAAAUUAAAAAUAAUAAUAAAAAAAAAAAAAUUGUAUCA